CACACUCACACACACACACUCGUGUAGUCCGUGUAGCCGCACGAGACGCGUCUGUUUUGUCCAUCAGCGAGCAGCACCGAUGACGUAGCGCGGGACGCUCCUCGGCCGGAUGGAGAGACAGCACGCUCACGCGCUAUUUAAAGUCAAGCGGCUCAGCCCGAGAGUGAAAGUGACAACUACUUACCCCGGGGACGGAGAAGGCGCUCUAUCCUCACCUGCAUCGGGAAUUUAGCGACGGAGAUGGCGGCUUCAAACAAGCAGCUGACGUCUUUUUUCAUAGAGGACAUUUUAUCCUUAAAAGAGGGUAAAAGAGAGGAGCCGUGCGCGGACGGGCGAACAGGCACCGAGGACGCGUCGGUUUGCCGGAGCCCUGAGGAUAAAUCAGAGUCGUCCGCGGGUUUGGCGGGAGGCGGCGGCGGGAAGAAGAAGCGGUCGCGCGCCGCGUUCACGCACCUGCAGGUGCUGGAGCUCGAGAAGAAGUUCAGCCGCCAGCGCUACCUGAGCGCGCCCGAGCGCGCGCACCUCGCGAGCGCGCUGCACCUGACGGAGACGCAGGUGAAGAUCUGGUUCCAGAACAGGAGAUACAAAACCAAGCGGAGGCAGCUCACCACGGACUUUCAGAAACACGACGCCGCGGCGGGGGCUGCCACCGAGGAGGACUUCCUCAGAGCCUCGCUUCUGGCGACCGUCUACAAAUCCUAUCCCUACAGGCCUUUCGUGUACGACUUACACGGGCUGAGUGUGUGGAGACCGGCGCUGUGAUCACCUUUGGGACAUUACCCGGACUUUCUCGUUUUAUUGUGAAUAGUAUUCUUUAUUGUUACGGUGAUUUUUGUAAAGUAUUGUACAGCUUUGUAUCCUGUGAAAUAAAAUAUUUUUAUUAAAGGUG